AUGGCAACCGCCAACUCCGACUCCAACUCCAACACCACAAGUGUGAGCAUGAAGCUACUGGUGGACUCAACUCGUGGCAAAGUUUUGUUUGCAGAAGCGAGCAAGGAUGUCGUUGAUUUUCUCUUCACUCUCCUGUCUCUUCCUGUAGGGACAGUGAUUAGGCUCCUCUCCAAAGACGGCAUGGUUGGUAGCUUGGGAAAGCUUUAUGAGAGUGUUGAAAAUCUCGAUGACACAUACUUGCAACCAAAUCUCAACAAGGACAUGUUGCUGGAACCAAAGGCAACAGUUGCUGGUGCCAAUAUCCUUCCUUUGCUGACCAACAACAACGUUGACUCGAAAGCUAAAAAACUCUACAUGUGUCAAUAUUGCAGUAGCCGCCGUAUUUCCGAUGUGUCUGGAACCCCUUGCCCAGGUUGCGACGAUUCCAUGUACUCUGAGGUGACUUAUGUUUCUCCAGCAGCACCUGCUACCGUGGCAAGACCCAGCGAGGGAGGGUAUGUCAAGGGAGUAGUGACAUACAUGGUCAUGGAUGACUUGGAGGUGAAGCCAAUGUCCACCAUUUCAAGCAUAGCUAUGCUGAACAAGUUCAAUGUGAAGGAGGUUGGUGCUCUUGAAGAGAAAGUGGUUAAUCUUGGCAUGGAAGAGGGUUUGAAGCUGCUGAAGGCAUCGUUGGAGACCAGUACAGUUCUUACAAAAGUGUUCCUGGACACCAAUUGGUGGUGCGCUAAUGUUCCUGAUCAUCUGUUGAACAAUGAUGAAUCAUUGGCUACCGGUGGUCGAGACGACCCUAGAGCCGUUUGCUCCGAGUGCAACUAUACUCUCUCCACAGAGGUGCCUUAUGUCGCGGCACAGGCUACCGCGGAAGGAUCGUCUGGUGUGGUGGUGAAGGAAGCCUAUGUCUACCAUAUCGUGCAUUAUUGGGGGAGCAUGUGA